UGGGCCCACGAAUUCAACCUGCAUUACGUCGGGGCAUGAGGUGUUGAAACGACUUUCACUGGAUAAUUUUUCGGUGUGGACAAGCCAGGUCUACCAGUGCAUUCUCAUUUGCGUUGUCCAUGGCCUUGCAUGUUUCAUUCUGACCAUUAACAAGCCAAAAUACGAGCCUCUUGCACUGAAUACUGGAAAGACUGGAAACGAUGGUGCUACGAAAUCCUCGGCGGAAAACAGGCCUAUGGAGCACUCCUCAACAGUAGUCAUGGAAGGACCUCAGCGAAAUCCCACUUAUUGAUGUCGUCAGCGUGGCAAGCCUACAACCUUGCAUCGGAAGACUUGAACAUGGUCAGAUCUGCAUCCAAGAACACAUUCGAGCAAGCUCUGCCAUCGGUUCUGCUAGGCUCUUGCGUGUAAGAUUUUGCCACUGGUGAUGAACGAGAAAUAGGCAUGACAAAGCUUGUUUGCAGGACACUGAGCUGAUACUUUUGAGGUCCAGCAUCUGGUCGUCAAUCCACGCCUGGUACAGGCGGUGGUUCUUCAUGGGAGUACUGAACCGACCAAAGGGAUUUCCAGAGCCAAAGUAAACCAAGGUGCUACUCUUUGUCAAUAGCGAGUGCAGCGCAUUGUUAACCGUGACAUACAGACGCUUGUCCCCAGGAAUUUCCAAGAGAAGGCCCAAAAGGAAGGCUCAAUCACCGGUUCCAUCACGAGGAUGAAAUGCUGUGUGAACCUUGGGGCUGUCAAUAUGGAGGAGGUGGGCCAUGAUCCCAUGCACUCUUACUUAGCAUGUGAUCUUGGGCGGGGAGGGGGCGGAGGGUGUUGGAAUUGUGACCUCGACUCCUGGAGUUCUGUCUGCAGACUGCGACUUAUACAGCAGGGAAGUUAGGUUCAACGUAUGGUUACACGGCUACAGUUCACCUGGCUACGGUGCACCUGGACACGGGUCAGAUCUAGGGGGGAGGGAAGUCGUAACCUGGAGUUCUGUCUUCAGACGGCGACUACAGGUGAUUUCUCAACCAUGCUACAAGAGAUUGAUUAUACAGAAGGGAAGUUAUGUUCAGCGUAUGGUUACACGGCUGCGGUGCACCUGGACAUGGGUCAGAUCUGGAGGGAUAUCCAUACUUGUUUUAUCUUUGAAGAAACAAGAAUUGUAUUUUAUGAAUUUUUAUCCAAUUUCUACUAAUCUAAUAGUCUUCUAAUUGUAAAAAUGGAGCGUGAUUCUUCAAUUUUUUUUAAAUGUGUGUUAAUAUUAUUAUAGUAACAUGAAAUUAAUAAUUAUUGAUAUUCUAUUUCUUUUCGGAACUGCUGCACGGAACUACCAAGCAGUAGAAAAUAUGAUGACCCUGGAAAAUCUAGCAGAUUGCAGAUCUCUCUCUCUCUCUCUCUCUCUCUCUCUCUCUCUCUCUCUCUCUCUCUCUCUCUCUCUNCUCUCUCUCUCUCUCUCUCUCUCUCUCUCUCUCUCUCUCUCUCUCUCUCUCUCUCUCUCUCUCUCUCUCUUUUUUUUCGGCCCUCAUGCCCGGGUUUGGCAACCGGACGGAAGAGCCUGAAGCUGGCGAAGGUUUCAUUCAAGGGGAGAUUCUCAUAUGAGUUCGCAUGUGGCGUGGGAGGAGCACCUGUUUUGGCACAACGCCUUGUCCAACUGCCUGAGGAUGUACAAGACCCAAAACCUUCAUGGCCUCUGCUCGGAGUUAGCGAAGGCAGAGGGUUAACAUGCCCUGCUUUAAACCAGCCUUGACGCCAUCACCGAGAACUUUGGGGCUUUUCGGGCCUCGGGGCAACCGGACAGAGAUGACUGCCACCGCCAGCCAAAUCAAAAAGAAAAAUGUCGCACUGGCACUUCGGCAAAUUGCGGCGCGCAGGGGGAGGGUUGGUUCAGCGAAACAGCCUCGGGCGUACUGUUGGUUUCAACCACGAGUGCCUUUGCCCUAUAUUGGUCGCGCGCCCUGCACGCCUUUCGCAUUUGGGAUGUUAUCUGGAUAGCGCGUGCGCCUGCGCCUGCCCGGGGCCGGCCUUCGUGUUAACGGGCGGGCAUUUUAUUUUUGCCUGGGAAAGGUAUUGGCACUUUAAGUUUGUCAGGAUAGUAUAGUGGCCCUUGACCUCACGCACAACCAGGUGAAGGACGAGAUCCGAAUAUUGAUGGACAAGUGCGAUAUCGCAACGCGCAUUGACAUGGGUGAUUAGUGCAUACAGCUCGCCGCUCCGCCUUAAAGCCUUGCUUCCUAUUGCCAUUGCCAUUGUAGCACGUGUGUAGCCCAGCCCAUAAGGGCCAUGUGGACUUGACAUCAUCCCCACCUUCCUCCUGUAUAUCACUGGCAGUUUUUUGUGAGUGCAGCACAUCCUUGCGGUGUCUUAGCAAUGCUAAACGCGGACUUUACGCAUGGGUCCCAGGCUUGGCUAACAUAGCCUUUAUGUACAGGUCCUUCGUGCGAAUCUCCCAAGCAGCAACGUACGUUGCCACGAGUAGCGCGUGCAUAACUUGAACAGUUCAGGCCUGUGGCUGUGGCUAACCGAACAGAAACUUUACUCAUAGGUCCCUCUGUUAGGCCUGGAUGACAGAGACUUCAUGCACAGGUCCUUUGUUCGAAUCUCAUGUGCAGCAACGCGCGUUAUUGCCAUGAGUACUGAGUGUAUAAAUAACACAAGUUAAUAUGUGUGGCUUGCCUUACAGAGGGGAGGGUUUAGUACUCAGAGAGCCAGAGGUCCUAGGCUUGUUGGCUAACAAAGACUUUGCUCACAGGUCCUUUGUUUGAAUCUCUUCUUUAUUUCUUUUUUUGUUUUGACAAAACAAAAGCCUCCUUCAUAU